AUUACGCUCCAGCUCUGCUAACUGCUAGCUCAGCUGAUCUUGCUUCUUGUUGUUUUUUGUUGUUUUUCUUUGUGGACAUCGACUAAAAACACCCGUAAAGACACUUUACGGGUCGUCGGCGUUCCCCCGAGCAUCUGCGUGUCGGUACCGGGCCGUGGCCAUGGCGCUGCAAGGCUCCGAGGAGAUGGGAGAGCCGGUCGAAGAGCCGGAGGAUCUGGAUGACCAGGACGCUGCUAGCAUCUCCCCGGCAGAGGAGAUAACUAUGCCCCCCGGCCCCGGAGGUGAAGAAGGGUCGGAGCAGGCGCCUCUGCUGCCGUGGGACCGCUUCUCCGCCUGGCUGCACUGCAUCUGCGUGGUGGGCUUCGACCUGGAGCUCGGACAGGCGGUGGAGGUCAUUUAUCCUCAUCACUCCAAACUCUCAGAGAAAGAGAAAACCAGCAUCUGCUACCUGUCCUUCCCUGAUUCAAACUCAGGUUGCCUCGGUGACACGCAGUUCUGCUUCCGCUUUCGUCAGGGCUCCAACAGGAAGUCGUCACAGGGAUGCUUCCUGGAAACCGCUGACCGAGACGCCCCGCCCUGCCUGAAGCGGGAACAAGGCCAUUACUACGGCUACGUGUACUUCCGCCAGGUCAGAGACAAAUCUCUGAAGAGAGGAUACUUCCAGAAGUCUCUGGUCCUCAUCAGUAAGCUGCCCUACGUGACCUUCUUCCACUGCCUGCUGAAGAUCAUGGCUCCAGAAUACUUUGAAAAACAGGAACCCUGCUUAGAAGCCGCUUGUAAUGACAUGGACCGCUGGCCUGCGCCUCAUCCUGGACGGAUCCUCACGCUGCCGAUUAUGGGCGUGGUCAUCAAGGUUCGAAUCCCAACCUGUUAUGAUAAACCAGGAACCUCCCAGCUGGUCCAGUCUGCUCAGGGGGACAGUCUGGUGUCCAUCGUUCUCCCAACCAUCCACGAGGUGGACCUCUUCAGGUGUUUCCAUCCCGUCUUCUUCCACAUCCAGAUGCUCUGGGAGUUGGUGUUGCUGGGAGAGGCCCUGGUCGUCAUGGCGCCGUCGCCCGCAGAGUCCUCGGACACGGUGCUGGCGUUGGUCAGCUGCAUCUCUCCUCUGCGCUACUGCAGCGACUUCCGGCCGUACUUCACCAUCCAUGACAGCGAGUUUAAGGAGUACACGACCAGGACGCAGGCGCCGCCGUCCGUCAUCCUGGGCGUCACCAAUCCUUUCUUUGCCAAAACUCUGCAGCACUGGCCGCACAUCAUCCGCAUCGGAGACAUGAAGCAAACAGGAGAGCCGACCAAGCAGAUGAAGGUCAAGAAGCUGAAAAACCUGAAGACUCUGGACUCUAAACCUGGUGUUUAUACCGCAUACAAGCCGUACCUCAGCAAGGACGAAGAAAUCAUCAAGCAGCUCCAGAAGGGGGUCCAGCAGAAGAGACCCUCGGCGGCCCAGAAUGCAAUUCUGCGGCGCUACUUCCUGGAGCUGACUCAGAGCUUCAUCAUUCCUCUGGAGCGUUACGUGGCCAGCCUGAUGCCGCUGCAGAAGUCCAUCUGUCCGUGGAAAAGUCCUCCUCAGCUGCGGCCGUUCAACCAGCAGGACUUCAUGAAGACGCUGGAGAAAGCUGGACCUCAGCUGACGUCCAGACUGAAAGGAGACUGGAUCGGACUCUACAGGUGUUUCCUCAAAUCCCCAAACUUUGACGGCUGGUUCCGCAGCAGGAGGAAGGAGAUGACCCAGAAGCUGGAGGCCCUUCAUCUGGAGGCCCUCUGUGAGGAGGACCUCCAGCAGAGGAUCCAGAAGCAUACAGAGGUGGAGGCAGUGGACCUGGUUCUGAAGCUGAAGGACAAGCUGACCCAGGCCGAGCGGGAGCAGCUCCCCCUGCAGCCCGGGACCCUGACCAAACUGCGGAGCCACAUCGAGGCGCUGAUCCGGACCCUACCUGAAGACCUGCAGGGCAUCCUCCACAAGCCCCCCACACCCUGACCGGCAACCCCCUCCCCGGCCCGCAACACUAACCCCGCUCUGAGCUUGUUUUAAAGUUUUCGGGGGUCCUGGAAUCUUUUUGUGGUUCCUCAUGAGAUUCCUUUGGAGUAACAUGGAAGCACAAAGGGCGGGUCCAGCCUCAGUUCUGAUGCUGGUGACCCGUGUGGACCUGAAGCCAGCGGAGUGGAUCUGACAGAACCAACAGGACCAGAACUUGGAGACAAAGAGGACGGUGUGAUGCAUUCAUGCAGCCACAGAAAAAACAGGAAGGUUGGUUCUGGGCUUUUACGGUCCUGACACCGACUGACCCCAGCAGAACAUUCAUUGGUUCUGGAAACAGGUUCUGACAGAAGUGCACUUGUGGACUUUCACUUUUAUGCAAAAAGCCGAGCGGUUCUGUCUGCUGCAGCCGCGUUUCAGCACCAGCGUUUCUCCUGCAGGUUCCCCGUCACAGUGAGGGAGGGGGGGUCCGGGGGGGUCCUGCCCUGAAAACUGAAUGUAAACAUUGUUUUUUUUAAAACCAUCCAAACUGUUCUGACUCUGAGAGAAGACGAGGAAGCGGGCUUUGGGUCCACGUGACCCGUCUGGGGGGGGGACUCUAAUGGGUCUUAAUCAUGUCAAUCAAAGGCAGUUCCCGUGUGGAUCAGGACUGGGGGGGUUCUGGCCUGACACCCCCACUGCACCAUGACCUUCAUUAACCCCUGAAAAGCAUCACGGGACCCCUCCCCCUGACUUCAUUUUAUGACUUUUUAUGUUGUUUUAAUCUGAAGUUGACCAGAACCGGAUUCUGCUGCAGCUUUUCCAUUGAACGGGUUUGGUUGGACCCAACGGAGCAGAUCGGGUUCUGUUGUUGUUUCUUUGAACGAAAACGUCUCAUCGAUGGCGGUUUAGCUCAAGUCAAAGUCUGACAUCUUCCGUCUGAGGAGCAGACAGACGAUAAAUGUUCCUGAGCAAUAACAGAAAAUCAAACAAAUUCUGGUUGGGUUCUGGUUUCCAGAACCUUUUCAUCCUGCUGACGAAUGUUUGGUGGCAGACGGACGUUUUCAUGACUUGAAUCUUUCUGCUGACUUAACAUUAAAUGUAUGAAAUGUUUUGAUAUUAAAACUCGUCUGACUGAA